UCAUUGGAUGUUCCCGUAUCGAAAGUGAAAAUGCGUUCCGCGAUUUUGUUCGGCCUUAUUGUUUGCCUGGCUUUUAGCCUUGUCUUGUCCCUGGAGGAGUCCAUCAAUCAAUCCAAUGAUCUGUCGUCGGUGGAAAAGGAUAUUGGCCAGGCUGUGGAGUCCGAUGUGCGUGCUAAGCGGCAGUUUGGCUUUGGUGGUCCCUUUGGCGGAUUUGGAGGACCUUUCGGUGGAUACGGCGGCUACGGAGGACUUGGAGGCUUUGGUUAUGGACGUCCCUUCUAUGGAGGCUAUGGCCGUCCCUUCUAUGGAGGUUUCGGAAGACCCUUCUACGGAGGCGGCUUCGGAGGUCCUUUCUUUGGUUAAAUCUACUAAUACUUAUAUUGUUUUACCAAUAAACUAAGACUGAAAACG